GGACAGAGAAGCUUUACCUUUGAGGCUUAAGCAAUCCCACAUUUUAACUGAUUGAUAUCGCGGCCAAGAUGAAAUGUGGAGACUACCAUGAAGAAGAAGAAGAGCUGUCUGAUCGGAAUAUGUCGACGAUAUCUCGUCAUGUUUUCGGCGACAACCUGGAACAACCUGCUUUCUCUGUCUCGAUAAUUGAGAAUAUGAAGGAAGAGUAUGGGCUUUUUCUGUGGCCUUGCAGUGUGAUCCUCGCCGAGUACGUUUGGCAACAGAGGGAGAGAUUUGCCGGUGUCCCCGUAGUUGAGCUCGGUGCCGGAACUUCCUUGCCUGGGUUGACGGCUGCGGCGUUGGGUUCCGAUGUGACUCUGACGGAUGACUCGAACAGAGUGGAGGUGCUGGAAAAUAUUAGAACAGUGUGCGAGCUAAAUAAGCUUGAGUGUAAAGUACUAGGACUGACAUGGGGGGUUUGGGAUGAAUUUGUAUUCAGUUUAAAGCCAAAAAUUAUUCUUGGUGCUGAUGUACUUUAUGAAGCGAGUGCCUUUGAUGACCUCUUUGCCACCGUGACAUUCUUGCUGCAAAAUUCUCCAGGCUCUGUCUUUAUAACAACUUAUCAUAAUCGGAGUGGGCACCAUCUCAUUGAAUUCUUGAUGGUGAAAUGGGGAUUAAGAUGUGCGAGGCUUCUUGAUGGUUUUUCUUUCAUGCCUUCCUGCAAGGCAUCUGGACUAAGUGGGAACAUUCAAUUGGCGGAGAUUGUAUUAAAUAGUGAACAUAGUGAGGAGACUACAACCAUAGCAAGGUAAUUUGGGACAUUCAACUAAUGCUAAGAUGUCAGCGCAAGAUACCACGCCAGGGCACAAAGCUUCCACUUCCUUCUUAGCAUUGUCGAUGACAUAAAAGGCAUGCAAAGAAACAUUAGGAGGCCCAUCCUUCUCUGCUUUGUUGUUGCCUUUUGAAGUUAACAGCACAGAAGCAUCACAGCCCUUAAAAACAGAAAGGAAACAAUCAGUUUCCAAGGAAAAAAGUAGGGAUGAAAAAAAGAUGUUCUGUUCUAGCGCUCACCCUUAUGAAACAGUCAUGGAAAUGCAUACGAAGUAGAGCUGCAGGAACUGUUUUGUCUCUCACCAUUGCAUUUUUCACUGCAUUUGUAACAAUCAACUCGACAUCAGGACAUGUUUUCUCAUAGUAAUUGAAGCUCAGUGCACGUCCUGUUGAAGAUGCUGAAAAUAAGAGAAUUGAACUGAAGAGUAAUAUGGAAAUGGGAGCCAUACUAAGGUGUUCGUGGUAACUCUCAAGUUUGGUUUGGCAUGGAAGCUGAUCUAUAUAAUGGGGCUAUAUAAAGCCUGAUUAAUAGGAGAUAGAGGCAUGGUUGUUGUUGUCCCACAAAAUGAAUAAGGAAAUUAAGAAUCUAAAUAAUGGAGUAGUGCUUCUUAAGCAUCCUCACUAAAUCACUAGUCUACUCUAGGACAAGAUCCUUGUCUGUUAGUUAUGGUGCCUGGCAAGUCUGCUCUCUAGCGACUUCUACUUUUUUUCUUUUUUUCUUUUUUUAUUUUAAAGCUCAUUACUUUUACUGCUGUUUGUGUUUUGUGCUUUGAUGCUAUCAUGAGGUAAUUCUCAUUAGACCAUAUUAAGUCUGCUUCUCCCGUUAAAAUAACCAAGUUUUUUA